AUGACUGAAAAAUCAACUCAACAGAAAGAAUUCGUAUUCAUUUCCGUCGACGGAAAGCAAACAAAAAAUAUUGCGAUAACCCCCCCAGAAAAUUUGAAGAUUGAAUUCCCUCCAAAGUUCACCGAUUCAGAACUUGGUCGUAACCAUGACAAGAAAUCGCAAGGAAAGUCAAAGAAGCCACCAAAUGCCUUUAUAUUAUUCAGAAAGAAAUACGUUGAAUCCUUACAUCGUCUUGGACAUCGUGAUGCCAUGAAGAAGGUUUCUGGCUGGGCUCGAGACGCUUGGAAUAAAUUACCUCAAGAACAAAAGGAGCAAUACGAGCAAUAUGCGAACAAGGCUGCAAAAUUUUAUCAGGAGUGGGAAAUAAAAAAUCCUCAACUCGUACGCCAAAAACAAAUUAAAAAACCAAAAAAAAAUAGUCAACCCACCCAAAGUCCAAAACCGAUCGUUCAAACUCAGGCAAUGCCCGUACAAUUUACAACACAGACAACACCUCCAGAGUUGACCGAAGUUGAUACGCGGAAUUAUUACACAUUUGAUGAACCCAUAUAUUACCCACUCGUAUACGAACAAACAGAAACAGAUCAACUUUACAGCGAUUAUAGUUUCUAUAAUAAUUUGGAAAAUAUUCCAACUACUGAUAUCAACACUCUCAAUUAUUAUUACGAUUUUUUCGAUAUCUUACCUGUUCCGGUUAAGGACAAUUCUCAAUUAGUCUGA